AUGUCUUUACAUUUCUAAUACUUAGGUUAGGGAUUGAGUAGUCAAAAAACUAUGGAAUUAUUGUAAAAACAUUGUUCACCUAAGUAAAUAGUGAAUUUUAACUUAAGUGAUCAUAAUAAAAUUGCUGAUUUUGGUGCUGUUUUUGAUGAAUUAUUAGAGUAAUAAAAAUACAAAGAAUUAAUUGUAUCAACACUUGAGAUUAUCAAUUUAUCACCUGAUAAAACUUGUAUUUAGCAGAUCAUAUUUUAUUAGUAUUAUAACCUAUAUAUUCUGCAAUUUCAUAUUGGAUGACUAAACUUGAUUCUAAGGAGUAAUAAAUGAUUGUUGAUCUCUUUUUAAAACAUAUCGAAUAUAUAAAUGAAGAAGCCAUAUUUAAAACUAAAAUGUAAUUUUACAUAAUUAUUGAUUAAAGUGUAGCACAAUUAUUUAAUACAUUGAGUUCUUCAUAAUUAUCAUAAAAUCUAUUUUUGAAUUUACUUGAAUUUUCUAAGAAAUGGAAUACAUAAUAAUUAAUAAUAUCUCCAAUAAUUUCAAAUAUAAAGGAAUUCUUGAAUUUAUGGACUCUCAAUGAUAAGAUAAGAGUGUUUUUAAGUGCAACAUGGGCAAUUAUAAUUCUUUAAAUUCACUCCCUUCUCAACUUUAAUAAGUUAUUACAGUAUUGCUGUCUUAUGGUAAUUUUUUUUAUAAAAUGAGAUGUGUAGGCUGAUUUUGCAACAGAAUAGGCUCUUGAUAUGCCACACUUUCAGUUAGAUAUUUUAUAUUUUCAAUAAUAAUCCUAUGGAAUUGAAGUGGGUAAACAUCUUUAUAUCCUUUCCAUCAAGUAAUAUCAUCUCUUUAUAAUAGCAACUAGGCUGAAAGUUAAAAAAGUACUUUUACUUCAAUUUUAACAAUUUCCUCAUAAUUUUUGUGCCUUUUUCAUAUGGAUAAUUGUAUAUUUUUAAUUAAACUUAAAAGGGAUAACUAAAAUGUAUUGGCCAAUUCUUGUGAUGUUUUCUCCUCAAAAAAGCAAUAUAAUAAAUAAUAACAGCAACUAUGAUUUUAUAAAAACCAAACAUAUUUUGAUCGCUGAUAAUUAACCGUCUUUUUCUGAUAUUAAACCAUUGCCUUGUUUAACUUUACUGAUAAUACUUGUGAGUAAAAGUUUAUAUUUUUGA